AUGGGGAAGCAAGGAUCUCCUAGAAGAAGUCGUCUUGAUACUUUAAAUUUUGAUGCAUCGUCUGGGCUUAGAGAUUAUCAAUUUAGGUGGACAGAAAUGAUACAAAAUAGUGAUCCUUCUUUAGGUAGAAGGGUGUCUGGAGUUGACUACGAUUUGGAUAGUGCUGUAUUUGGUAAAGGGUUUAAGAAUGAUACUGUGAAGCCUUGUAAAGGUAUUUAUGCUGGGAAAAGGCACACAUGGUGGCUGCAUAGACACAUUAGGUCAAUUGUUUUCACAUUCGCGCUGGUGUGUUUUCUUUUUCUUUUGGAUUCUGUGAUGUUUUCCAUUUUUGAUCCCGUGAUUCUCCAUCAUAAUCCGGCUCCUAGAAAAUCAGUAGUAACAGAGGAGAGAAAAGCUAUAUACUAUGAUCAAGAAAGAAGUCCAGUGAAGAUGUAUCACCGACUACUUAAUUUGGCUUCUAUUUCUCUUGCAGAGAGAGAAAAUGAGCCAAAACAAUCAAAGUUUUGGAAGGAAACUUACCCUCAGGCAUUCCUGUGGAAACCUUGUGCACAUAAGAGAAAUUCUCAAGGGAAACGAAGGAACAGCACUGGUUUUAUAUUGAUAAGUGCGAAUGGAGGUCUAAAUCAACAACGAGUUGCCGUCUGUAAUGGUGUUGCUGUAGCGUCUCUGCUAAAUGCAACUUUAGUGAUUCCCAAAUUUCUUUAUAGCAAUGUAUGGAAGGAUCCAAGCCAAUUCAGUGAUAUUUAUCAAGAGGAGAAUUUCCAAAAUGUUUUGAAGGAUGAUGUCGAUAUUGUGAAAGAGCUCCCUCCUGAUCUACAAUCAAUAGAUUUUGAAGAAAUUGGCAGUCUUAUAACUGAUGCAGAUCUUCCGAAGGAGGCAACACCUCAUGAAUACAUUAAGAACGUACUUCCUCUGCUACAGCGUAAUGGAGUUGUUCACUUCCUUGGAUUCGGAAAUCGGCUUGGGUUUGACCCAUUUCCUUUUAACCUUCAGAGACUACGAUGCAAAUGUAAUUUUCAUGCUUUAAAAUUUGUACCAAGAAUUCAGAAGGUUGGAUCAUUACUGAUUAAGAGGAUAAGAAAAUAUAAUUCUGCAAGGAGCAUGUUAGACAAGCAACUUCUUGGAGACUUCAUCUCAGACGUCCCUUCUACAGAGCAUAACACUAUAGGAUGCCCUUCUAACUAUCUUGCUUUGCACUUGAGGUUCGAAAUUGAUAUGGUAGCCUAUUCUAUGUGUGAGUUUGGGGGUGGAGAAAAUGAGAGAAGGGAACUUAAAGCAUACAGGGAAGAACAUUUUCCGCUUGUCAUCAAGCGGUUGAAGAAAAUGAAACCUCUCUCUCCCCAGGAACUCAGACAGAUGGGGAAAUGUCCAUUGACACCGGAAGAAGCUGCAUUAGUUCUUGCUGGUUUAGGUUUCAAGCGUGGAACUUACAUUUAUCUUGCUGGGUCCCAAAUUUAUGGAGGAAGAACAAGGAUGCAUCCUCUAACUAGCCUAUAUCCCAAUCUGGUUACAAAGGAGGAUCUUCUCUUGCCAUCUGAACUUGCACCUUUUAGGAAUUUUUCUUCACAGCUAGCAGCUUUGGACUUUAUUGCUUGUGCCGCUGCUGAUGUUUUUGCAAUGACGGACUCUGGGAGCCAGCUUUCAUCCCUUGUGUCUGGUUUUCGGGCAUAUUAUGAUAGUGGAAAUGCUCCCAUUGUAAGGCCAAGCAAGAAAAGACUUGCUGCGAUUUUACAAGAAAAUAGCAGUAUUGGGUGGAGUACUUUUGAGAACAGAAUGGAAAAGAUGAUUGAAGAAGGUCAAAGAGUACAUGUGAGGCCUUUAGGCAGAAGCAUUUAUCGACAGCCAAGAUGCAAAGAAUGCAUGUGCAAACAUCAAUAG